CACCUUCACCCAGAAGACAGCAGGAGGGUCGGGGGGGUUCAUGAUCCCCGCUCCGCCCUCCCCAGCGUCCUCUUCCCUCACUGCUCCCCCCAUUCUGCCAACAAUGACUGCCCUGGUCCACGUGGACAGCCUUCCGGAAUACGAGAAGAGUCAGAUCAAGAGAGCCCUGGAGCUGGGCACAGUGAUGACGGUGUUCAGCUUCCGCAAGUCCACCCCAGAGCGGAGGACCGUCCAGGUGAUCAUGGAGACGCGCCAGGUGGCCUGGAGCAAGACAGCCGACAAGAUCGAGGGCUUCUUGGAUAUCAUGGAAAUCAAGGAAAUCCGCCCAGGGAAGAACUCUAAGGAUUUUGAGCGUGCAAAAGCAGUCCGCCAGAAGGAAGAGUGCUGUUUUACCAUCUUGUACGGCACCCAGUUUGUUCUGAGCACACUCAGUCUGGCAGCUGACUCUAAAGAAGAUGCGAAUAAGUGGCUCUCUGGCUUGAAAAUCUUACACCAGGAAGCGAUGAGUGCAUCUACACCCACCAUUAUUGAGAGUUGGCUGAGAAAGCAGAUUUAUUCAGUGGACCAAACCAGAAGAAACAGCAUCAGCCUCCGAGAGUUGAAGACCAUCUUACCCCUGGUCAACUUUAAGGUGAACAGUGCCAAGUUCCUCAAAGAUAAGUUUGUGGAAAUUGGUGCACACAAAGAUGAGCUCAGCUUUGAGCAGUUCCACCUGUUCUAUAAAAAACUUAUGUUUGAGCAGCAAAAGUCGAUUCUUGAUGAAUUCAAAAAAGAUUCUUCCGUGUUCAUCUUGGGCAACACUGACCGGCCGGACGCCUCUGCUGUUCACCUGCAUGACUUCCAGCGCUUUCUCUUACAUGAGCAACAGGAGCUUUGGGCUCAGGAUCUGAACAAAGUCCGUGCGCGGAUGACAAAGUUUAUCGAUGACACCAUGAGGGAAACGGCCGAGCCCUUCUUGUUUGUCGAUGAGUUCCUCACGUAUCUGUUUUCGCGGGAGAACAGCAUCUGGGAUGAGAAGUAUGACGUGGUGGACAUGCAGGACAUGAACAACCCCUUGUCCCAUUACUGGAUCUCCUCUUCGCAUAACACGUACCUCACCGGUGACCAGCUACGGAGUGAGUCAUCCACAGAAGCGUACAUCCGCUGCCUGCGGAUGGGCUGUCGCUGCAUUGAGUUGGACUGCUGGGACGGACCCGACGGGAAGCCCAUCAUCUACCACGGCUGGACACGGACCACCAAGAUCAAGUUUGACGACGUUGUGCAGGCCAUCAAAGACCAUGCCUUUGUCACUUCAAGCUUCCCCGUGAUCCUGUCCAUCGAGGAGCACUGUUGCGUGGAGCAGCAGCGCCACAUGGCCAGGGUGUUCAAGGAGGUGUUUGGUGACCAGCUGCUGACGAAGCCCACAGAGGCCAGUGCUGACCAGCUGCCCUCGCCCAGCCAGUUGCGGGAGAAGAUCAUCAUCAAGCAUAAGAAGCUGGGUCCCCGAGGGGACGUGGAUGUCAACAUGGAGGACAAGAAAGAUGAGCACAAGCAACAGGGUGAACUGUAUAUGUGGGAUUCCAUCGACCAGAAAUGGACUCGGCACUACUGUGCCAUCGCCGAUGCCAAACUGUCUUUCAGCGAUGACAUUGAGCAGACUGCAGAAGAGGAGCUGCCCCAGGACACACCCCCCACGGAGCUGCAUUUUGGGGAGGAGUGGUUCCACAAGAAAGUAGAGAAGAGGACGAGUGCCGAGAAGCUGCUGCAGGAAUACUGUGCAGAGACGGGGGGCAAGGAUGGGACUUUCCUUGUGCGGGAGAGCAAGACCUUCCCCAAUGACUACACCCUGUCCUUCUGGCGGUCCGGCCGCGUCCAGCACUGCCGGAUCCGUUCCACCGUGGAGGGGGGCACCAUGAAGUACUUCCUGACUGACAACGUCAUGUUCACCAGCAUCUACGCCCUCAUCCAGCACUACCGCGAGACCCACCUGCGCUGCGCCGAGUUCGAGCUGCGGCUCACCGACCCUGUGCCCAACCCCAACCCCCACGAGUCCAAGCCGUGGUACUACGACGGGCUGAGCCGUGGGGAGGCAGAGGACAUGCUAAUGAGGGUGCCCCGGGACGGCGCCUUCCUGAUCCGGAGGCGAGAAGGUACCGACUCCUAUGCCAUCACCUUCAGGGCCAGGGGCAAGGUGAAGCACUGCCGAAUUCACCGGGAUGGCCGGCACUUUGUGCUGGGGACCUCUGCCUACUUCGAGAGCCUCGUGGAGCUAGUCAGCUACUACGAAAAGCACGCGCUCUACCGAAAAAUGCGACUGCGCUACCCCGUGACGCCUGAGCUCCUGGAGCGCUACAAUAUGGAAAGAGAUAUAAACUCCCUCUAUGACGUCAGCAGAAUGUAUGUGGAUCCCAGUGAGAUCAAUCCUUCUAUGCCUCAGAGAACCGUGAAAGCUCUGUAUGACUACAAAGCCAAGCGAAGCGAUGAGCUGAGUUUCUGCCGUGGGGCCCUCAUUCACAACGUCUCGAAGGAGCCCUGGGGCUGGUGGAAGGGGGACUAUGGAACCAGAAUCCAGCAGUACUUCCCAUCCAAUUACGUCGAGGACAUUUCAACAGUCGACGUGGAGGAGCUGGAGAAACAGAUUAUUGAAGACAAUCCCUUAGGGUCUCUUUGUAGGGGAAUACUGGAUCUCAAUACCUAUAACGUUGUGAAAGCCCCCCAGGGGAAAAACCAGAAGCCAUUCGUGUUUAUCCUGGAGCCCAAGAAGCAAGGCGACCCCCCAGUAGAGUUUGCCACGGACAAGGUGGAGGAGCUCUUUGAGUGGUUUCAGAGCAUCCGGGAGAUCACCUGGAAGAUAGAUACCAAGGAGAACAACAUGAAGUACUGGGAGAAGAACCAGUCCAUCGCCAUCGAGCUCUCGGACCUGGUCGUCUACUGCAAGCCAACCAGCAAGACCAAGGACAAUUUAGAAAACCCUGACUUCCGAGAAAUCCGGUCCUUUGUGGAGACAAAGGCAGACAGUGUCAUCAGACAGAAACCCGUUGACCUCCUGAAGUACAAUCAGAAGGGCCUGACCCGUGUUUACCCGAAAGGACAGAGGGUGGACUCCUCCAACUACGACCCAUUUCGCCUCUGGCUGUGCGGCUCCCAGAUGGUGGCACUCAAUUUCCAGACUCCAGACAAGUAUAUGCAGAUGAAUCACGCCUUGUUCUCACUCAAUGGGCGAACGGGCUACGUCCUACAGCCUGAGAGCAUGAGGACGGAGAAGUAUGACCCCAUGCCACCUGAGUCCCAGAGGAAGAUCCUGAUGACUCUGUCAGUCAAGGUUCUUGGGGCUCGCCAUCUCCCCAAACUUGGACGAAGUAUCGCAUGUCCCUUUGUGGAGGUGGAAAUUUGUGGAGCUGAAUAUGACAACAACAAGUUUAAGACAACAGUCGUGAAUGACAAUGGCCUAAGCCCUGUUUGGGCUCCAACACAGGAGAAAGUGACCUUUGAAAUUUACGACCCCAACCUGGCGUUUCUGCGCUUUGUGGUCUACGAGGAAGAUAUGUUCAGUGACCCCAAUUUCCUUGCUCACGCCACUUACCCCAUCAAAGGAAUCAAAUCAGGAUUCAGAUCUGUUCCUCUGAAGAACGGGUACAGUGAAGACAUUGAGCUGGCUUCCCUCUUGGUUUUCUGUGAGAUGCAGCCAGUCCUGGAGAGCGAAGAGGAACUUUAUUCCUCCUGUCGCCAGCUGCGAAGGCGGCAGGAAGAGCUCAACAAUCAGCUCUUUCUGUACGACACACACCAGAACUUGCGCAACGCCAACCGGGAUGCCCUCGUUAAAGAGUUCAAUGUCAACGAGAACCAGCUCCAGCUGUACCAGGAGAAGUGCAACCGGAGGUUGAGAGAGAAGCGAGUCAGCAACAGCAGGUUUUACUCCUAGAAGCUGGGGUACAUGUGUCGGGGUGUCACAUGCGUGUGUGUCUGUGUAUAGGAGAAAGUCCUCUCUUUCAGACCCUGGAUACAUGCUCAUCCGUGAGGUCAUCCUCUCUGCAAGACUGGCAUCAAGAUGACAUUUCUGAAGAUCCGACUGGCAUGAGUUGGGGUUAUUUCCUAAUUUUUUUUCAUCUUGGACAAUUUCUUAACUUAUAUUUUCUAUAGAGGAUCAUAAAAACAUGUUCCAAACCUCCUUGAAUAAAAGCAGUGAAAAUCUUGAUGAGUUAACCCUCCUGUGCUUGACCCAUACAGUGAACAGCAUUCCUUUUCCAGCCUCUAAAGACCCAGGUAACUGACUUCCACGGAGGAUGAGCCCCAUAUGUAAGGAACUAAUUCAUUAGAUUCUGAAAAGAAUUUUUACCAAAAGGCAAAUGAUUCCACAAUUAAGGCCAUCGGAUUUCACCAGGGCCCGAAGAGGAGCCCUGCCCCCAGCUGCCCCGUGUGCCGGGCUUUGCUCCGUGGGUGCCACCACUGGCCAGCUGGCUGUCUAGACAGACCUGCAGCCUGUGCCUCAAAGGUGGUUGAGGAAUGGAAUCUCUGUUCAGUAGGACAACUUUCCAGUUGACGAUGGAGACUUACUCUGUGACUGGAGUUAUUGGGGUGAGGGCCACUUUGAUUUAGAAGUCUGUCAGAGAGGCCAGAGACCCACUGGGAAGGCUCAGCCCACUUCUCACCCCGCCCCCAUCUCUGCCCACUUGUGAGCUGGCCGCAUGACUGCUGGAGAGGCCCCGUGUCUGCAACUCUCCAUAGACAAGAGGUCAUUUACCAACUUAAAAAGAUGAUCACAGUUUAGCCCUCUGGGGUUAUCCCAUUUUCUGCAGCACUGAGCUAAGCCUUAAGCCUUAGCAAACUACAGAAAAAAAAACCUACCUCCAGCCAUCACCAGAGAGGCAGACCCACCUAGGACAAGAUGAUACUCGUCUACAUCUUGAUAUUGAUACGAUUGAAUGGUUCAUACAGUGUGAUGAUUUAAUAAGGCUUCUUAAAGGCAAGGAUAGUUUGGAGGUGGAGAGUAUGACUCAGUAGACUCAUGACUUGGUCAGAGGGAAUUGAGAACGGAUUUGGGUGUGUGGUGGUGGAGCAGGUAAUGGUGAGAAAAAAUACGAUCGUGUCAGGAGGACCAACUAGCAGUUAACCUGGUGGAUUUACUGGUUGGAACUGGAUAGUAAACACACAUACAGCCCUUCCCUAGUUACCCUGGACUUAGCCUGCAUGUACUGGGAAGUACAUGAAAACCAGCCAGGCUGUGUGUGUGUUCAAAAGACCUUAUGCUUGCAUUCCACAGAAGUUUUUAAGCUCCUCUAUACAUCAAGUACUGCGCCCGAGGUCAGGGGCACAAUGUAAAAAAAAAAAAGUUUUUUUAGGGGGAAAAAAAAGCCAUGCUUACUGUUCUGGAAUUUAUCUAUCCCCAUGCUCCUGAAAGAAAUGCAUUUUACUUUCCUUAAAGCCUGGAGUAUAGGUAACAGCAGUCUGAUGAGGCGGAGCUGUUAUCUUGUGAUAUUUAUUCUUCAAACUGGAGUUGCUAUCUUAUUUUGCAGUCAGCCACUAAAGUGAAGAAUAUUCCUGAUGGUAGCAAAUGUCCAAAGCAACUUUGAAUAGAGGUGAGAUGCAAAGACACGGAGGGAAGUGCUGCAGGGAAGGAAUUUGCAGACUCUCUAGCCAGUGCCCCAUUCGCCAUUGGCCAGGUGGCCACUGGAGCCUAAUGAUUGCACCCUUAGCCCUACCUCCAGACUUCUUUUGCCUCAUCAUUACCUCUACACCACAGAGCUCAGGUGCUGCUGUCAUUCUCCCCGUUUUCAGCUCAGGGGUGAGCAAAAGACAUAAACCUCCCCACUUCAUUUUAAAGUCAAAGAGCUAAGUAAAGGCCUGGAUCCCCUUUCUGCUUAAAAUGGACUUUCUGCUAGUGUGUCAAAUUAAGACAGUGUGGCAUAGAAGGAAAAAAACCAUCUUUUCAGCUGUUACUGUGUGAAAUCCCUGCCCAGCCGCACCUAUGCAGCAAAAAUGCAGGGGGAUGGUGGGGGUUAUACUAUAAAUGGUGCUGGGAAUAAACUCUUUCCCUAAAACUGUCUCCUCCUAAGUGCUACAGUGAUUUGAAUCCACCAUUAGAGAGUAUUUGCUUUGGCUCAUCCAUUCUCUCCUUAAUAGAGUAAGGUGGUACUCACAUUAACAGAGAAGGUGGUACUAGGAUUCUCUCAGGAAAAAACAGAGGGAAAGUAAAAGGCACAGGUGAUGUCGCUACUCUUCCCAUAGUCUGCCCGGAUGCCACACAACCUAGAUAUAUCUAGCUGAGAUUGUGGUGUAACAGUCAUGAAAUAAGCACAAUUCAGGUCACGCAGAAUAGUGAUAGGGACAUCUUGAGAGAUGGCAACAGCAUAGCGGAUCCAAACCAUGGCUGUGUAUGUGUUACACUUUUCUCUAGGUAUAUCAUUUAGACUAUGUUUUAUCCCAUGGAAAAACAAAAGGAGGGGGACACUGGUUAGAUAUUGAAGUUUGGGAAAUUCAGGUUGUACGAAGUUAAAUAAUUUCUCUGCUGUGAAGCUUGGAUAUCCUAAUGUGCACGGUUAAGAGAGGUGUAGAAUAUUACAUUUCCCAAGUUAGACCUGAGUCAUUUGAGCCAAGGGAUGUCUAUCUCAUGGGGCUAGUGUGCAGUGGAACACAUUUGAGGGCAGCUGCUCUCUUAAGGAGACAGCCACAGGGGUACAUGGCUGCCUCAGCUGCAAGAGCAAGCAGCUCUUGAUCUCGGGGUCAUGAGUUUGAGCCCAUGUUGGUGUAGAGAUUCCAAAUUUAAAGGAAGCCAGGCAACAGAAUCUAAUAAUUGACAUAUUUUGUGACUUAAAUAAGAUCUAAAUUUAAGUCACCAAGGCCAAUGAUCUUCAGAUUGGGCCAGCCUUACCCUGUCUACCACAGCUUUCCAAGGAAUAUACAGGCUCAAAUAAUUUUAGGGGAUCAAUUUUCAGAUCCUUACCUUCCUAUUUAUACUCUUUCUUAAGGUUCAUCUGCCUCAGAAAAUGCUUUUUUCUCCCCUUACAAAAGAACAAGCUCUUUCCCCAUAGUGAGUUUUAAACUAUAGAGCGUGACUCAAGGUAUAAAAUUUAAAAUACAAGUGCUUGGGAAGUGAAAGCCUCUUCAGGUACAAAUCCUUCUGCCAUUCAGGUGGCUCUCAAUUUUUUUGAUUCCAAUAAAGUUGAAGUAACACCCAAGAUUUCUCAGCAUUUUAGCCUGUAACUUCUGAAGGACUUAGGAGAAUUCAGCUAUUCUGCUAUCACAAAAACUCUGUUACCAUCUCCUUAUCUAGGGGAACAAAGAUCAGCAACACUUUUCAUACAUAAAAUUGCAGAGGGAGAAUAGGAUGGAUACCGUGGACAUUCUAACAAGGGUAACAUGUAUCUACAGAGACAUGAAAUAACAUGAAGACAUGAAGUGGGGGGAAGCUUUCUUCAACACACUGAGUGAUACAUUGCCAAUGAAAUUUUAGUAUGUUUAAUUAUUAAAAUUUGCACUAUAUUAGCUUAUUGAUCAAAUGCAAUCCAGAAGUUUCAAAUGCAUAAAGCCUUAUGAUUUAUUGGCUAUUAUAGAAAUGUGAUAAAAUAUGCAAACAAACAAUAUAAAAGCCGAACAUCAAUAGGCUAAAAUUUUGAAGGGAAGUAGAGUAAAAACACACGUUCAAGGGGUAAAACAAAAAAGGGUGUAUUUCCUACCAUCAAAAAUUGCCUUAUUCCUGUAGUUUUUGAACAGGUGAUAGUGUCUAUCAGCUACUGUAUUUAGCACCUCUAGGCUCGACUUAAAGAGGAAUGUAACCAUUUUAUUUAAAGAUGCAUUAUCUGCAACAUGCUGGCAACUUGAAUUCUUCGCAACUAUUUACGAUGAAAAAUUUUAGAUAUCAGUUUAAAAAUGUGCAGGGGAAUACUCAGUUUUUCAAAAUUCACCAAAGAGGUCUCGGAGCGUUAAAUUUUAAGGUGGCUGAUGUAGGGCUGCUAAGUGAUGAGUUGCACUUGGAUCUGAGAAGGAUGGCUAAAAGAGGCCUCAGCCCUUUUAGCAAAUUUAAAAUGAAUAAAGUUAGUUUUCAUGGCACCUACGUGGCUCAGUCAGUUUAGCAUCGAACUCAUCUCAGUUCAGGUCUUAAUCUCGGGGGUUGUGAGUUCAAGCCCCACAUUGGGCACCAUGCUGGGUAUGAAGUGUACUUAAAAAAAUUAAGUUAACUUUCAACUUGGGUGGCUGCUAACUUUUUGGAGACAACCCUAAAAAGUCAUACUCUGGCCAACAGAAAGUUAAUAAAGUAGUUUAAGAAAUAUGCAGGAUGACAAAAUUGGCACUUGAAAAACACUCCAUGAUUUCUCAGGUUUUGUCCUUUCUGAAAUAUUUUCUUCUUGAAGAACCAGAUUCUGCAAUAAUCCUGUCUCUCAGAAAUUUCUACAUUUCUUAUUUUUCAGUAGACUUUAAAAAGCUGCAUUUGUAAACCUGUGUUUCAUUAUUAAAGCUUAAUUUAUUUUUUAUAUAAACUGUGUGCUUGUGGUACACAGAAAAUCAUGUGAAUGAGUCACACAAAUAUUGGCUACUGUUAAUGUAAAAAUUAAAUGGCUGUAUC